AUGGGCCGAAGGGUUUUCCAUAUCAUGUAUUAUGCAGAGGUGGCUACGGAUAGCCAACAGAAGCUGUAUGGGACCAUAGCUACGAUCAACGUGUGGGAACCGGUCGUUGAAAACAGUGGCGAGUUGAGUCUUGCCCAAGUGUGGAUAACUUCGGGAGACUAUGAGACAAAAGAUCUCAACACGAUUGAAGUCGGCUGGCAGAGUGACGGAUACAAUACAACCGGAGGCUAUAACCUUCACGAUCCUGGGUUUGUUCAAACCAGCAGCGAGGUUGUCCUAGGAGGUGCUAUUUCUCCAGUAUCUAGCAUUGGUGGUCGCCAGUUUGAGAUGACUAUUCUGGUUUGGAAGGAUCCCCGAAGUGGAAACUGGUGGCUGCGUGUAGGCACCGACUUGGCAGGAUACUGGCCUAGGGAACUUUUCACCACUUUAGGCGAUCAUGCACGGAAAAUCGAUUGGGGUGGAGAAAUCAUUGACUCAGAGAGGUUCGGACGACACACGAAGACACAGAUGGGCUCAGGGCGUUUCCCCCAAGAAGGGUUUGGAAACGCGAGCUAUUUCAGGAACAUACAAGUGGUUGAUCACACUUGCAGUUUCCAGCCGACCCCUGAGUUGUUUACACAUGCAACAAAUACUGCUUAUUAUGACGUCAAGAACGUGCAUAGAGAUGAGUUGGGAACUCAUUUCUUUUAUGGCGGACCAGGAUUUGGCCAUACGCAAUCAGGGGUCGUAUCUCUUAGUUUGAGUCAGUUUUUUCUUUGUUUAUGUUUUAGUUUUUUCAUUAUCAUUUAGUUUCUUUUAUUAUUUA